AUGGCCCAGCCGUCGGUUUAUAGUACCGCUUUCUCAUGCAAGCCUUUGGCGAAAUCGACCAGCGAAGGCCAACCCGAAGCGCCCGAACAAGAGAUUGAGUUGGAAGGAAAUCCCUUUGUCUUUUCAGGUCUCGUCACGGCGUCGUGGUAUGCGCCGUCCGAGGCGUCCACCUCGUCGACGGAACCCACGCCGAUCAACGUUGACCUCGUCGCCUCGUCAGAUUCGUCCGUCGCUUCGACGUUUUCCAGCUCCGGCGACUCUGCCGCUGCCGUCGCUAAAUCCGCGAAACCUGCGCCGCCUCUAGUCCAUGCACCUCCCGCUCCCCGCGCCGCUGCUACACGCAUUGCCCCGCGCGCGUGCCGUCGGCCGCUCGUGCUGAGCGCAUACGACGGUGUGCUGGACCCCGAGCUGUUCGAGACAACCGGCGAGUUGGGGCGUGGCGGGUUUGGCACGGUGGUGGCGAUACGGCGAGUGGAGAGCGGCGAGGUGGUGGCGGUGAAGCGCGUGGAGCGAAAGCAGCUGGUGGCGGCGUCGAACGAGGCGAUGCUUUCGGCGUCGCUGAGCGAGUGCCCGGGCGUGCUGGGCGUGCGCGAGGUGCAUCUGGGCGAGCAGCACGCGUACAUGCUCUCCGAUCUGUGCUCUGGUGGCGACCUCCGCGCCCUCAUGCAGCGACGCAAAGCUGCCGCAAGCAACGGCGCGGGGGACGCGGGGAGAGGCAACGGGAGGCGGUGGUGGGGGAAGGCGAGCGGGGAAGGCGGGCGGGGAGGGGGAAUGGCGGAGGCGGAGGCGCUGGAAGUGCUGAAGCACGUGGGCGACGCCGUGGCGUUCUGCCACGAGCGAGGCGUGGUGCACUGCGACGUCAAGCCCGAUAACAUCCUCCUCGCCACUCCCACGCCCCUCUCCGCGCCCCUCACCGUCCCCCUGCCUUUCUCCUCCGCUGCUGCUCCUGCUGCGCCUGCGCGCGCCCCUCCCGCUGCCCUCGGCCUGUCCGCGCCCGUCUCCUCCGCGCGCACCUCCCCCCGCCUGGCCGCGGGGGCAGUGCGGCUGGCGGACUUUGGGUUGGCGCAGGUGGUGGCGGAGGGGCAGCGCGGGUGCAGCACUCCCGCAGGCACGCCCGGGUACAUGGCGCCUGAGGUCGAGGCCCUCUGCCGCCCUCGCUGCCCGCCCGCCCCGGGCGCCGCCAAGCACGCUAGAAAAGCAGCGGGGGGAGCAGAGGCAGGAAACUCAGAGGCAGCGGGGUAUGGGCGCGCAGCUGACGUGUGGUCGCUGGGGGUGACGCUUUACGAGAUGAUCGCAGGCGAGCGGCCUUACUCAGGGGAGGCGCCUCAGCAGGGCGAGUGGCGGGCGCGUGUGGAGGGCGCUGCGUGGGAGGGCGUGUCGGAGGAGUGCCGCGCGCUGGUGAGCGGCAUGCUGAGAGUGCGCGCGGAGGAGAGGCUCACCAUGGCGCACGUGUGCCACCACCCCGCCAUGAUCCGCGCCCUCGGGGGCAGCGGGGGGAGCAGCAAGGGGAAGAGCAGGAGUGGGAGGUGGUGGUGA